AAUCCUUCUUUGGCGCGAAAGAUACACCCCCCUCCCCGACACCGGCAUCCGGAGGACUAGCGGAAGACGGGAAAUACAUAAAACAUCGAGCCCCGUCAUCACCAACCGAGCGAGGCCAUGGCGUCGGGAGAGGGCCUAACGGCGAUGAGAGAUGAGGAGAAGGCGCUCGUCGCGCUCUGUUGCUCCGUCUCCAUGUCCGCCCACCGCUCCCCUUCCUCCCAUUUCCUUCUCCGGACCGUUUCUCAUCCUUUCCCCUCCGCUGUCUUCGCCUUCCCGGCGUCCUGGUCCGUCGACGACUGGAUUCUCGCCGGCGAAUGGGGAGGCCCCUUCGGGGAGUCGGAGAUCGACGCUUGUUUGUUCCCUUCUCUCAGGAGCGUCGGCAACGACGUGGCUGCUCGUGUGAAUAGGGCUUUCUUGCGAUCCUUCCAAAGGCUUCUCAAGGACUCUAGGCUCCAAGCUGAGGUUCAUAGAGCUUUAGCUGAGAAGAAGCGAAUAGUGUUCACCGGGCAUUCUUCAGGAGGUUCUGUUUCAGUGCUUGCAGCAAUCUGGCUUCUUGAACAAUUCUUCAAGUCUGACAAUAAAGAUCAAGUUUUUCCUUUUUGUGUGACUUUUGGGUCUCCCCUAGUUGGUGACAGGGUUUUCAGCCAUGCUCUCCAGCGCCAAGAUUGGUCUUGCUGCUUCUUACAUUUUGUCAGCACAGUGGAUGUCAUUCCACGUAGCUUGCUAGCCCCUCUGUCAUCCUUUAAGCAAGAAUUUCAGGCCAUUCUGCAUUUCUUAUGCCCAAAAUCACUGUGUUUCAGUCUGAACACCAUUGGAGAACCUCUCGUCAUUUUUUUCUAUAGCACUGUGUUGAGGAAUGCUCUGUCCAUUUCGUGCCAUCGUGCCUGUUUGUCCAUGGGCUGUACAAACCCGUUGCUGGAAGUCAUACCUGGAUUCGUGAAACUUUCUCCAUACAGACCCUUUGGAACUUACGUUUUCUGUAGCGAUAAUGGGCUAGUCAGUUUGAAGAAUCCAGAUGCUAUUUUACAAGUGCUAUGUUACAGUUUUCAGCUAACUUCCAAAGAGGACUUAAGUGAGGUUGCAUACAGAUGUUUAGAGGAGCAUCUGCUCUAUGAGCCAAAGAUCAAAAAGUGCUUAGCUAUGCAAGAUGUAGUUUCCAUGGACGGCUUGGAAGUGAUUCCACUGUGCUUGAAUGAUGGCAUAAGUGAUGAGAUGCAAUCAAUUGAAACAAUGUUAGAAGAUCUUCAGUUGAGCGUGGAAGCUAGGCUUUGUCUACGUGCAGCAGGAGAAUGGGAGAACCAAAGACUCAGGAACCAGGCCAAGAUUGAUGCCAACUAUAGCAAGAUUCAAGAAGCUCUUAGGUCCCUUAGCGACUAUCGUGCGACAUGUGAAAUACGCGGAUUGGGUUACUAUGACACCUUCAAACUUCAGAAGGACAAAGAAGACUUCGAUGCUAAUGUCAGGAGACUUGAGCUUGCAGGGCUCUGGGAUGAGAUUGUUGAAAUGCUGAGAAGGUACGAACUUCCUGACAACUUUGAGGGACGGACUGAUUGGGUGGACCUGGGCACAAGUUACCGUUGCUUAGUUGAGCCAUUGGACAUUGCCAACUACUACAGGCAUGCAAAGAAUGAGGACACAGGGCCUUACAUGGUGAAAGGCAGGCCAAGACGCUACAAGUACACCCAAAGAUGGCUUGAGCAGGCACACCGAAUGCCUGCAUGGUCCAGCAUGGAAUCAUGUUUCUGGGCAGUAGUUGAAGAACUUUGUAUUGACAGCAGCAGCAGCAGCAGGCCCUUCGAAGAAAUGAAGGACAAGGUAUUGGAACUUGAAAAGGAGGCAUCGAUGUGGCUUUCUUCUGGGAAGCUGGGUAAGGAUGUGUUGCUUGAGGAGUCCACUUUUGUUAAGUGGUGGAAGACCCUGCCGAUACAACACCGACUGGGGUCCUGUAUUUCGAGCUUUAUGAAUGGCGAGAAUAUGGCUGGAAGGUAGAUCAGCACUUCUGAAACCUGGAGGAAGUGGCGGCAUGAUAGAAUAAAAUACACCUACCGUGUUGAUGGUCGCACGAGCUAUUUUGCUUCAUUUGUGUUUUGGUAGAACAUUGUAUGUGAAAUAUAAUCCUAACGGAUGAAGUAUCAAUUUCCAAAUAAGAAUGCCAUUGCUUGCCAA